AAUUUGUUGUGGGGGGCAAAAUGGUAAUUCAGGUGAAGCAAGCACCUGGUAGUGUGGUACAGGUUGGGUGAAUUGUGAGAUUAAUGGAAGUAAAUGUUCUCAAAGAUCCAACGGUUUCGUUGCGAAGAGCUGAUAUGGAUUUAUUGAGAAGAGAUGAUAACUUAGAUUACAAAAAGGGGUAAUAGUAAAUGUGGAGACUUUAAACUUGGAAACCAGCUGGAAGGAUUCAAUGAUUCAUCACCCAACUCGUCCACUCUUCGUGGUUUGCCUCGCAUGUCAGUUGGUGGAGUGGAUUUAAUCAAAGCUUCGAGUCCGUGCACAGUAGUCUCUGGAGAGAGAAACAAAGAAAGAAAGUAGGGAGAGAAAGGGAAACCGUGUGUCUUGAAGCCAAGGAUCUGACCCAUAAGAGAGAGAGAAAGAGAGAGUGACUGGUGAGUUACUUUUUGAUGUUCUACACAAUUCAUAAUUGUGUGGGCGGCGUUUGAUUUAGAUCUCAUGGUUUUGGUAUUUGAUGGGUUUUCUGUUUGUUUCUAGAGAGACUACCCAGAAUCUGAAUUUUAGUGUCUCUCUUUGAUGGGGGUUUUAGAACUUACCAGAGUGUUGUGUGAGAUGUUUAAUUGUUGAAAUUUUACGUGGGUAAUUGCGGAGUUUCUUUGGAAGCUUUGGUCAGUGAUCUGUGGUGGAUGUUUCAUUACUGUCUGUGAUUUGGAGUUUCUUUAAACAUGACAGGGGGCAGAUUGACUUUCUGAGCCUAUCGGUGUCGUGUGGUAAAUGUCGUUCCGUAGUAUAGUACGAGAUGUGAGGGAUGGGUUUGGAAGCUUAUCAAGGCGGAGUUUUGAGGUAAGGUUGCCGGGCCAGCACCACAGGGGGGAAUCUCAUGGUUCGGUGCAUGAAUUACAUGAACCACCUUUAGUAAUCCAGAACAGUAGAUGGGCUAGCCUUCCACCUGAGCUCUUGCGUGAUGUGAUCAAGAGAUUGGAGGCAAGUGAGAGUACUUGGCCUGCUCGCAAGCAUGUGGUUUCAUGUUCUGCUGUGUGCAGGUCAUGGAGAGAAAUGUGCAAGGAAAUUGUCAGAAGUCCUGAGUUUUCUGGAAAAAUUACCUUCCCAGUUUCCUUGAAGCAGCCGGGGCCCAGGGAUGGAACCAUUCAGUGCUUCAUUAAGAGAGACAAAUCUAAUUUGACUUAUCGUCUUUUCCUUUGCCUUGGUCCUGCUUUGCUGGUUGAAAAUGGAAAGUUUCUUCUUUCUGCAAAACGGACCCGCAGAACUACUUGCACAGAGUAUGUGAUUUCGAUGGAUGCAGAUAACAUAUCAAGAUCAAGUAGUACCUACAUUGGAAAAUUGAGGUCAAAUUAUCUUGGCACCAAAUUCAUAAUCUAUGAUACGCAGCCUCCGUACAACAAUUCUCAGCUUUCUCCACCUGGUCGAAGCCGUAGGUUCUACUCAAAGAAAGUUUCUCCGAAGGUACCCACUGGCAGCUACAACAUUGCUCAAGUUACAUACGAGCUGAAUGUGUUGGGUACUAGAGGCCCACGAAAAAUGAACUGCAUCACACACUCAAUUCCUGCCAAAGCCCUGGAGCCAGGUGGUUUUGUACCUGGCCAGGCCGAGCUUCUACCGCGCGACUUGGAAGACUCAUUUCGAAGCAUUUCCUUCUCAAAAUCAAUAGAUAAUUCAACCGAGUUCAGCAGCUCUCGGUUUUCCGAUAUUGUUGGUACCCGCGAUGAAGAAGAGGAAGGAAAAGAAAGGCCAUUGGUUCUUCAGAACAAGGCACCAAGAUGGCAUGAGCAGUUGCAGUGUUGGUGCCUUAACUUCCGUGGCAGGGUGACCGUGGCCUCUGUCAAGAAUUUCCAGCUGAUUGCCGCAACACAGCCUGCUGCUGGUGCACCAACUCCAUCACAGCCAGCUCCGUCAGACCAUGAUAAAAUCAUCCUGCAAUUCGGCAAGGUUGGCAAGGAUAUGUUCACCAUGGAUUACCGAUAUCCUCUGUCCGCCUUUCAGGCUUUUGCCAUCUGCUUGAGCAGCUUUGACACCAAAUUGGCAUGUGAAUAGAAGAAAAAAGAUAUUAUGGUAAGAUAUAGAUAAUUUCAUUUGUAAUGUUGUUCUUAUGUAUGCGAUCACUGUACAUCCUAAUCAGGUUGGAAAGUGCAGAAAAAUCUCAGAACGAAAAGGAUGUAGGCAGUCCUGUCAUUUCUGUUUUGUCUUUCAUCAUAUGUGGGUUAGUUUGUUUCGACUUUCAGCGGGCGACAUUGUCCCUGCAUAUGUUGUUUAGAAACUUAAUUGUUUCCAGGACGGUACCCAAAAAAAAAAAAAAAAGGUUUUUAGGUUUAAUCA